UUCGUGCAGGUUCGAGUUUCAAAAAACUGUAAACAAUCGUUAUGUGUUUGUUCGUAGUGCUCCGAUUUUUCAAAAUCACCAAACGAAGAUAUAAUCGUUAAAGCCCCAUCCCCAUCGUCUCUAAAACCCCAGUAAAUUAUCAAACAAAGUGAUAAAGUGGACGUGACAUUCAGAGACUCGUGUACUCCGCCAUGAAGAGGUUAUUCCCUCGUAAAUAAACGCUAGUGUUUGCCUGUCAUCGUGUGAUCGAGGAACUAAAUCCACCCAAUAAAAAAAAAUGUUCUCAAAAAAGCGACGUCGAGGUGACUACAUCAACGCCAGGAGGAGCUCCCUGCAGGUGAACCUGAGCUUCGUCUCGAAUUCCUCGGACACAAGUGACACAGAAGUCAGGAAUAUCAACAGUAAGCAAGAGAUCCUGGACGACAACGUGAAACGCUUGAGGGAGGCAAUCCUGAGCAAAACCCGAGAGAUAUUCGACAAUCAGAAUGACUUCUGCAAGAAGACAGCGUCGAUCCUGGGGGAGGCAGAGGGUACCUCUGACCAGAACGACCAGAACCAGUCCAACAGUCAAGAGAAGAAGGCGAGACUUCCCCUGGUCCUCGAGGAGAGUGACUCGAGUGACUUCUUCCCAAAGCCAUCAGCUAGGAGAGAGAAACCGAGUGCCAGUCCCAUCGUGAGCAGCAGCAAUAAAAACUGCACUUCAAUCGUGUUUUCACCGAGGAGAACGCGGUCAUCUUGUCGCUCAUCAAGUAAAGAGGACACUGUGAUGGGAAAUCCGAUAAAAUGCUCGACUUUUACGAGUCAUAACGCGAGUUUGAUGAGCAAUCCAGGGGUCAGGAGGAUCAAUAACUCAGAGUGUGUCACUCCAAAGUCAUCAAAACCAGUGAUAAGGGACGUGAGAUCGUGCUACAUACCUCUUGAUAAGAUUGAUGGGUACGAGAGGGUGAAUCGCAGCAGAAAUUUGAGAGAAAUUUCCAUGGAAUUGACUCCAGCUGUGGGAAACCCCAUUCUCAUGCCUCAAUCCACUGCUGCUGGCAUCAAUAAUCCUGUGGGGAAACCCCUGGAGGGGAAUAACGAGAGUUUCAGCAGUGGCAGGACCUCUCUGGAGGUCAGAACCUCGGUGGAUCCAGUCCUGGAUGACCCCUCGAUGAGCCAAUCUCAGUCUAGUCGAUCUGUACUGGGGGUGAGGAAGAGCAAUCCAGGGAGAAGAAGUCUCUCCUUGAACAAGUCAAAUCGCUCUCUGAAGAUAAUCCACCCGGCGUUUAUUGAAUCGAGAAAAAAAUCGGAAUUCAAUGAGAGGAAGAGAAUGAGUGAGGGUAAUUCGACUGGUGCGUGGGGUGAUUGUCUGUCGUUGAACGUCAAUACUUCACUGGUGUCUCGGAGGUCAACUAAUGGGAGUGUUGUGGAGGCCACACCAGCCCCCAUUAGUCGGUCGACGUUGAUGAAAUCACAAUCACGAUUUACGACUGUCUUGGAAAAGAAGUCAACGGAUUCUGGUGUAAAACGCGAGGUUUCGCGGAUCGUAACGAAAUCAAACCCCACCACGAGCCCUGAACCCGUCCCUUCAACGUCUCACCACAGACUGGAAGACACAAUCAUCCUGGACACCUCUGAAUCCCUCAAAGGCCCGAUAAUAAAGGACUCCGCAGACGAGAGUGAAGCUGAAUCGGAUAAUCCCAAACCGAGAGAAAGUAUUUACGAGGACUCGUCGGACGACGAGAGGAGUGAGACGGAAGACAAUGCAUCAGCCAAGAAAAAACAAUGCAAAAGGAGAAAGUUAUUUACCCAGCUGAAUGACUCUGGCUUAAUAUCCCUGAGUCCCAUGGAAAGAGCAGAGUCCUCGCCCCGAACUCCAGUGCUAUCAGUAAAAAAGAAAAAGCGAAAAAUCCACAAAAUUCUCCUCCCCAAAAAUUCCCAAACCCAGGCCGAAACAGCAACACAAACCCAGAAACUCGAGGUGAUUAAAAGCCGACUGAAAUUCCCGAAGAGACUUGAGGAUAAGAAAGUUGAGAAUAAGACGAAGAAGCGAAAAAUAAUGAGCAAAAAGUUAGUCUUAAAGAAGAGAGUGAAUCCAGAUGUACUUCGACUGUUGAAUGAGGUUGAAGGUGAAGCCCUUGAUAACUCGGAGCAGAGUAGAGACUCGUUGAACGACUUCACAGACAACAAACGAAUAGCCACAAAGGGAAGACACCACACCAAGUGCAUCUACAUCGUUACAACUGGAUUGUGUAACGGUGACAAGGAUUUAGUGAAGGCUGCUGUGAAGAAAAUUGGAGGUGCCAGGAUGGAGUCGUCAGUGACACGUCAAACGACGCAUAUUGUCACGACUGGAGUGCGUACGAUUAAUCUACUCAGAGGAAUAAUCAGGGGCUGCUGGCUCGUGAGCAUCGAGUGGCUGAAGAGAUCGAUCAGGGCGAGAACGUGGCAGAGUCCAGAGAACUAUGAGAUCGAUCAUUUUUCCAAGGCUGUGCAGGAGAACAGGAGGGACAGGGAGAUAUUUGGGAGGUCGUAUGUGCCGGAGUUGUUCGCGACCUGUGGGCUGAUUUAUAUUGAUGGCUCCACAGCCCCCCCUCGAGAGAUUCUCAAAGAGUUGAUCAAGACAGCUGGAGGGAGAAUCAUCGAGAGCCCGCAGAAAGCGAAGAUCGUCAUUGGUGCGAAGGGCUUGCGAGAGGUCUGGGUGUUGGACUCGAUAACAACUGGGGAACUCCAGCCCCUUGAUGACUAUCGACGUCAGUAAUCACGAUUGUAUAUACCAAAAAUAUUUAUUUAAAAUGUUUCC